CCUUCCUCCCCCCCACCAUCCUUCAUUUCCCUUUUCUCUCCACCUGCUUCCACACUCGUUUGGAUACCAUCUAUCCAAUUCCUUUCGCACGCGCUUAGCUACAUCAUGGCGGCGGACCUCCCUUCAGUCCGUGUGUUGCCCACCCUCGACCCCGCGGUGGGGCACACAUUCGCCGAGCCCACCAAACGCAUCCACGAGCACAGCGAUGUCUCCGAAUUUCUGUGUUCUAAAGCUUAUGUCGACCUUAUGACAUUCCUCCUCCAGCUCAACCGGUCAAUGUAUCCAGCCAAGCUUGAGGAUGGGCGCGUUCAGACUUGGCCCUUGAACUCUGAUGCUGUGGAGUACUCCGCGCCGGUUCGCCAACUCCAGCAGCUGCUCUCCAAGCUAGAAGCUAUUCUCGAGGAAGCUCCCCCCGAUAAAGGCCCCCGUAGAUUCGGCAACAUCAGCUUUCGGAGGUGGUACGAGAUUGUUGAAAGCCGUGCUUCCAGCCUCCUCGAGGAGUGUCUCUCUCCGGAGGUCCUCAAUCGCAAGUCAGCGGACCCCGAGGGGCCUACGGCGGCAGUAGAGCUCAAGGCAUACUUUCUGGGAAGCUGGGGAAGCCCUCAACGUCUAGACUAUGGGACUGGUCAUGAACUGAGCUUCCUGGCCUUCCUGGCUGGGCUCUGGAAGUUGCAUGGAUUUCCACAGAGCACUCCUGGUGUCGAAGAGAGAGCCAUUGUUUUGGGUGUCAUUCAGCCAUACCUUGAGCUAGUGCGAACAAUUAUCAAAACCUAUACCUUGGAACCCGCCGGUUCCCACGGCGUGUGGGGACUCGAUGAUCACUCUUUCAUCCCCUAUAUUUUCGGCUCAGCGCAGUUUGCUCCAGCUAUAUCUGAGACGGAUCGAGUGCCAGAAGAAGGUUCUUUGCCGGAUGCGCCUGAUCCGACCGGCGUUGCCAAGGUGAACGUGGUGGAACGGGAACGUCGUGGAAACCUCUACUUUUCUGCCAUCGGCUUUAUCUACGACGUGAAGAAGGGCCCGUUCUGGGAGCACAGUCCAAUGCUCUACGAUAUUUCUGGAAUCAAGACCGGCUGGGCCAAGAUUAACAAGGGGAUGAUUAAGAUGUACAACGCCGAAGUGCUGUCCAAGUUUCCCGUGGUACAGCACUUCCCGUUCGGCUCUCUGUUCAGCUGGGAUCGAGAUCCAAACGCCAUACCUCAGCUCUCUACCGUCCACACGUCGUCCGCGCCACAACCUCGACAAACCGAAGCCCCCCAGGCAUCUGGUCCAGGAACUAAAGCCCCAUGGGCUACAUCUCAAGCUGUCCCUCCAACCAGCGGAACUGCCGCACCCUGGGCAACAGCACGCGGUCCGGCUAGAGGACCAACUCUGCCCGACACGUCCCGGCUACCGCCCGGCCCGAUGGCCCCGACGAGGGCCCCUUGGGCAAAUGCAGCCCCAGGGCCGGCUCCUGGUGCUGCCGACCCUCAAGGGGACGUAACGACCAAGGCACCCUGGGCUAAAUAACUGGCUACUCCUGCUUGAUCGAGCAUUUUCUGUACUUAUACCCUUGCAUGAUAUCAUUUGCAUACAUAAGUGAAUCGUAAAAAGUUGACAUGCCAUUAUGCCAUAACUCCAAAC